AUGCUGAUCAAGGCGGACAAUCCGAAAGUCGCAAUCCACAAUCCGCCCCCUGACUCGGAUCAGCUUGCAUAUCGACUAUGUGAACUGUCCUUACAAAAGAUGCAAAAAGAAGCGAUAGCAUCAGAGCCCGAUCUGAGGCAUGUGUUAGCUUCGUCUUCAAUGCAAAAACUGGCGCAACAGGACCUUCUUCAUCGGCUGGAUGCGCUGCAGAAUACGUCAACUUUAUAUUCAAUGCCACUGCUUCCCGGCGCAGACGAGCCAUUGCUAUCAGAAGAUGAGACAUGGGAUAUGAGUGAUCUCGAGCUGGCUGUUUCCGAGCUGGAAAAGGCGAGCAGAAGGAGUGAUAUUGCUCGUCUUAUAUGCUUCCAGCAUGCUCGCGAGAUGUGA